GAGUGGGUGGUACUAUGUGUAGCAGAAGUUAGCCUGGACACGUGGUUAGGGGCUGACCAAUCAGGCGCCCCUCCAGGUUUAACUAUGUUAAAUGUCAGAUUGCAAUAAACUAGAAGCUGUUGGUCGGGCCCGCGGAAAUGGGCGAGCAUAAUCUCCUUAAUCCAGGGUUUGUGGGACCUUUGGUAAACAUCCACACUGGAGACACGUUUUACUUCCCGAAUUUUCGAGCUUCAGGGGGACAACUGGCGGGGCUACCGUCUCUCUCCUACCCGAGAAGGGACAAUGUUUGCUCCCUCCCGUGGAAUCCUUCGGAGCCGUGCAAUGGAUACUCUCAAUCCUACUUUAGCAGCCCCGUGUCUAUUAACCCUUCCUUCAAUCGCUCAUGCGAAAUUAGCAGACCGGAGGAGGGUAAAUGUUACUAUAACAGCGGCAGCGGGAGCAGGGAGACCUGUUCAGGUGGCAGCAGCAGCCUCAAACGAGAGGACAGGGCGAGAGACACAUCAUCAUUAACAUCUGACCACGGGAUGCACGCUGGGAUUGGCGGCACGGCCGUCUUCUCUAAAUAUGAUUAUGGGAGCGAGCAGCUAACGCAAGACCCACCAUCAUGUCAGUCAAUGGAGUCCGACUCCAGCUCCUCGCUGCUCAACGAGAGCAGCAAGCCCUCAUCCAGCGACACACAGACCCUGGUGUCACCGGGGAGCCAUGCAAGCAACAUAGCCGCAGGCGGAGCUGCCCCGUGGUACCCGAUGCACACCCGGACCAGAAAGAAGCGCAAGCCCUACUCCAAACUCCAGCUGGCUGAGCUCGAGGGUGAAUUCAUGAUGAAUGAGUUCAUCACCAGACAGCGGCGGAGGGAGCUAUCUGACCGUCUGAACCUCAGCGACCAACAAGUCAAGAUCUGGUUCCAGAACCGCAGGAUGAAGAAGAAGAGACUCAUGCUGAGGGAGCAAGCUUUGGCCUACUUUUAGAGAUGCGGCAGAAGGUGAAUCGAUAGGCAGUAAAAAGCCAAGCCUUCGACGCUCCCUUAGGUCUUCUUUCAAUGCAUGCACUCAUCUAUCCAUCUUUUACAUUGCAGGCAAUUAUCACCACAUUUUCGUAUCAUUUUUUUUAUCCAAGGUGUGGACGAUACAAACCAAGAACAAGCCAACUAACUGGCAUUCAAAGCUAUAUUUACACGUCUAUACGUCUACCUUCAUGUUUUUAGUAUAAUCGCACAAAAAGCUGUGAGUGUUUGUUUUCUGUGUCUCUUGUUUAUCUUGAUUUAUCAAGAGUUCAGUUAAAGCCCUUAGCAUGAACCUUGAGUAAUAUAUCGCCAAGGCAAUUGCUCAGUUUAGGAUGACGCAUAGUGUCAACAUCCUUUUUGUUCCAUUUUUAGUCAGAGAAAAUGAAGCGGGAGUGGGGUCACUUGGUAAAAUGUCAAAGAAAUAGAUCUAAAAAUAACAGUGAAGGCAGAAAGUCAGACAAGCCUGGAGCCGCUUCCGCGCAAUAAUUUUCAGUGACUGUGAUCCAAUGAAGAAAAACAUCCCUCCCAGCUGAUAAAUCCUUUCACAGCUGUUAUCUUGUUUAGUUAGAGAAACGUCGUUUUUAUCUUCUGUAGUUUUCACCAGGCGUUGUGGCACGUUCACGGUCACGGGCAGGAAGUCUGGAAGUCUGGGAGUCUGCAUGAGGAGAGGGAGAACUACACCCGCAUUGUAAUCCAUAUCCUUAUGACGGCGCAUUCAAAAAAUAUUUACUACUACUUUGUUCAUGUUCUCACAGGUUUCUGGAGUUAUUUUCUUACUUAAAUUACUUUUCGACUCGUCCGAACAACAGCCACAGAAUCCUGCAUGGGUUGCGUUUCUUUAGUCGAGUGAGAUCACCGUGUCGAUACGGUUUCCAGCUGCUAAGCGUCCACGUCAAGAUUAUUUCAGUUGAAGAAAGUACUAUACUCUAUAAUAAUCCCGUUUAGUAUCUUUUAAUAAAGUAUUCUUAAGUAUUAAACAUAUUUGUAGGCUAACUUGGUUCAAAAGGAGCCGCCUGAAGUGAACGGAGAGAGGGUGUUUGUUUUUUAGGCCUAAAACAGUAUUUCUGAAACUCGGUGCUCAAAAUGAAAAUAAAUAUGUAGGAUUUAAGAAAAAUCUAAUAACCUCCCUUAAAUCGGGGGAAUGCAGUGCAUCAUCUGUCAUGUGUUAAGAGUAAACUAUAGCAGUGAAAUGUAUUUGCAGCAUGUUGAUGUGAAAUAGCUAUAAGUCAUGUUUGCGGGCCACUUUUUCAGUAGGUGACUUUUUGUACAAUUUUUUUCUGAACAAAUCAUAAACAAAAACCAACCACGCGUUUUGACGCAUAUGUCUACGAAGAAUGUAUCAUUAUUCAUUGCUAUUAGCCUAUUAUUAUUAUUAUUAUUAUUAUUAUUAUUAUUAUUAUUAUUAUUAUUAUUAUUAUUAUUAUUAUUAUUAUAUAGUUGGAGGACGGAUGGCCUGUUAGGCCUACGUUAUGUACUUGCUCUUUGCAACGUGCUCAGUGUUGUCCCUCUCCUUACAUUGUACCCGUGUAUAACUUUGUAAGAUGAAAUAACAUAUAUGUUACAAUUUACAUCCUGUUUGAGGAUUCCUUAUUGCUAUGUAAUAGUGUUUUAUGUUAUUGAUCGUCGUGUACAAUAUGGCAUUCCAUAUAGCCUAUCUGUGGUUGUGAGGGGUUGGUAACGUAGGCCUAUUAUAUGAUACUGCCAAGAAUGGUUAUAUGAAAUGGUAUGCAAGAAAAUGUACCAAACCUGUCAUUUAAAGAAUCCCUGUUUCUGUGUAAUAGCUGUUUGUUCUUUUUUUUCGUCCCUCACCGCAUUCCCUUCUUUGCGCUUGUAAGGAUUGCUCCGUUGUCUUGUAAAAGUAAUAAUGAUAUGAAUGUACAUGCGUAAGGUCUUCAAUAAACAGAAUACUGAAACGUUUA